AUGAAAGUAUUACAUUUACUGUAUGAUAAUUUUCCUUAUAUCAGUUUUGGGUAGUGUGGAUCUCUUAAAAUAGUUUCAUAGUAGCUCUGAAUUGGAGCCUAAAAUCAACCGCAGCUGCUGGUGUUGGUAGGAGUGUGACAAAAUCAAACAAGAACGAGAUGAGGCCGUCAAAAAACUGGAGGAGUUUCAGAAAAUUUCUCACAUGGUUAUUGAGGAAGUAAACUGUAUUCAAAACCACCUUGAAAUUGAGAAGACAUGCCGUGAAAGUGCUGAGGCUUUGGCUUCCAAGCUGAACAAAGAAAACAAGACCUUGAAAAGAAUUAGUAUGCUUUAUAUGGCAAAACUGGGCCCCGAAAUUAUCACUGAGGAGAUCAACAUUGAUGAAGAAGAUGCGUCUACAGGUCCAGAAGCUGGCUCUGGAUCAUGCAACUCAGUGCAUUGUCAACGCCAAAUCAAAGAGCUGCGAGAUCAAAUUAUCUCUGUUCAUGAGGAAAAGAAGACCUUAGCCAUUGAACUGGAAAACCUGAGGUGCAAACUUGUAGAAGUAAUUGAAGAAGUGAAUAAACUGAAAGAAGAAAAAGCAGUUUUGACAACAGAAGUUAAUAAGCAACAAAAACUGUUGGAAAAAUGUAACAGAGUGUCUGUGCUGGCAGUAGAGGAAUAUGAAGAACUUCAUACCAACUUUGAACUGGAAAAGAAUCUGCGGAAGAAAGCAGAGUCGUUUGCACAAGAGAUGUUUAUUGAACAGAACAAGAUGAAAAGGCAAAGUCAGCUGCUUCUGCAAAAUUCUGCUCCCGAUCAACAGCUUUUGAAAGCUUUGGAUGAAAAUGCUAAACUGACUCAUACGUUAGAGGAAGAGAGGCUUCAACAUCAACAAAAGGUCAAAGAAUUGGAAGAGAAGCUAGAAAAUCAAGCACUACAUAAGGAGAUUAGUCGUCUUAAACAGCAGCUAGAACUUUUGGAAGAAGAUAAAAAGGAACUAGAGCUUAAGUGUCAGAACUCUGAGGAAAAAGCUAGAGACUUAAAGCAUUCAGUUGACGAGCUUCAGAAGCGGGUGCAGCAGUCGGAAAACCCYGCGCCGCCGCCGCCGCCUCCACCGCCACCCCCUCCGCUGCCGCCGCCGCCGCCUCCCAACCCCAUCCGGUCUCUCAUGUCAAUGAUUCGUAAGAGAUCCCACUCCAACACCAACGUGAGCAAGAAGGAGAAACCUCCUCAGCAGGAGUCAGGUGAGGAAGUCACGGAUCUGAAGAGACAAGCUGUGGAAGAAAUGAUGGACAGAAUCAAGAAGGGAGUUCAUCUGAGGCCGGUCAACCAGGCGAGCAGGCCUAAAACAAAGCCAGAAACACCAAAGCCCUCUGAAAGUGCAAUGAAAGAACUGAAAGGGAUUCUGGAAACACUGAACAAAUCCACCAGUUCUCGAAGCUUAAAAUCCCUCGAAACAGACAGCAGCGAAACGGAGCUGGAGCGAGUUCUGCGGCGCCGGAAAGUGACAACCGACCAGGACAGUGGCGAUCCCACUGGAAUUUUGGCCACAUCAGAAUCAAAGUCUCUGCCUGUGUUGGGCUCAGAAGCCAGUGCUGUUCAAGCAGCAUUAAACAAGCUGGAAACAGGGUUCAGCUGYAAAGAAUCUGAUUCAGAGUCUGCUUCUGACCAAUUAAAGGGUAGCACAAGUUCCAAGGCUACAUUGAAGUCAGCUAGUCACACGGGAUUUACAAGCAAACCUUCUACCGCUGAGAGAGAGCCGGAGGCCGUCGUAGUCUUAGAUCCUGUUUCCACCAGCAGCCAGUUGGAGAACGAGCUACAUCAGCGCAAAAGGAACGAGCAGAAAAGCAAAGCCCUGCACAAAGAAACGAGCGUGGAGAAAAUAAAAGACACAGACAGUUCUAGUUGUUAAUUGUUCUGCCAAACGGCUGUAGCGUUGAGGAAUCUGAAUCCUGCUUAGGGGUGUUACUAGGGCCUGCAGUCUUUACUCCAAACAGUUUUCAAUAAUAGCAAUUGAAACGGUCUUUUUUUUUUUUAAUGCAGUUUUGUUAUAUGCAUUAAUGGGUUAAAUAACUAUGCAUUCCUUGGUCCCUUUUGUAUUUUCAUUUCACUGGUAUAGAUAAGAUGUUCCUAGAUACUGUCACUUUCCUCUUUUCUAAAACUGUGUUUGAAAAGUCCUUUUUUUUAAUAAUUCUUUUCAAGGGGAAAAAAAAGAACUUCUUAAGGUCUGUUUUAAAGCCUGCUGGAAGCCCCUCGUGUCCCUCCUGACUUGAAUGGGCUUUGGCUUAGAUCCUAAAGGGCUCACACACAAAAAUCAUCCUUAGUAUGGGGGAGUUAUAUCAAUAAUGAGACACAUUGCCUUAAAGACAUAUAUUUAAGAACAAGGUUUUGUAGGUCUCCGUUCUGCGGUGCCAGUUCAAAGCACAAACCCCAGGUGCCCGCGGUGGGCGGGUGCCCCGGGCAGGGCUGCUCGCACGGGCAGCCCUUUGGGCGCACAGCUGGAGCGGAGGCCGAAGCUCUUCCAGGGAGGGCCGUUCUCCUCGGCCGAGUUUUGGUGUUACGUGAUAAGGUUUAGAUCAGAUGCAACUGGAGUUAUAGGUGCUGAAAAACAAAAACCACUAAAAACAACCAAAAAAAAAAAAAAAAAUCUCAGGAUCCCAAGAGUUGUGAGGAGUGGCUACCCCUGGGGUUUAGCCACGGCACAAUUCCGAGCUCACAGAAGCCCAGGAUGGCUGAGGCUGGAAGGGACCUCUGGAGAUGAUGGAGUCCAACCCCCUGCCCCAGCAGGGACACCUAGAGCACGUGGCACCAGUUGCUGGGGACCAGCAGUUUGAGAACUCCCAGAUCGCACCCAGUGGCACCAAGAAACAAGUCAUCACUCUGGGUGCUGUAUAAAGGGGUAGCAUUAAUUUAUUUAUUUGAGAAAAUAAAAGCCAAUUUGUCUCAGCCCUUCCUUCCUGUGAGGACAGUGUGAAAGCUGCAGCAUUUUACACUGCCAAUUCCCAUUCCAUUGCAGCUUGUUAUUCUAUAAUGAACAAACAAAUUAAUCAGGGAUCUACCUAAAGCAGACUGCUGUAUCCGAAACUGGGUGGUCAUGUACUUGAGUGCAUCUGGAUUAUUUUUUAUUUAAUGAUCUGAAACAGUGAUAGUGCUACAGGAUGAGUGUUCCGAGUUUGCUGGUUUGACUCUGCAUGCAACUGUCUGGUGCUUUUCAUAAAAAUAAAAUGAUAGUAACGAGUGUGGUAGUUUCACCUCUUUUUUGGUGUUUUUGCAUGUUUGCUAAGAAGAUCUUGAAUUUGAUCUCAUUGCUGGACUAYGUAUGAUUCCUAUAUUUGGGGAAAUUUGUCUCUCAUUUUGUUAAAUAUCUUAAUUUCUGUGUUUUCCCCCUCUCUGCUGGUUAACUUUGCAYUCUGAUAUCUGUUAUACUGAAUUUACGAUCUGCCAUUUUACCUAUGUAUUUCCUUCAGAUUACUACUGGUGUUUUAAUAUGUUCAAAUAAUACAAAACCA